AUGAAGAUACUCGCUCUCUCAUUCGCUAUGGUGGCACUUGCGGCCUCGAAGAUGGUCCCUUUGCACCCUCCUACUGCUGAUACUCUUAUUAGUCAAGCUCUGGCCGCGCUUGGCGGCGAGAAGACCAUUGCAGGUAUUGAUGGAAUCACCUAUCACUCUCCAAAUGUCUAUCAUUCCCGCAGCCUUAUGCAGAGCUACAACAUGGACAAAGCAGACACAGCUGUCGCAAUUUCUGGCUCUCAGAAUGUAUCCUUCAGCUAUUCCUCGGGUCAGUUGACUCAGCGAAUCGACCGUACCUUCAGGCCCAGUGAGUACUGGUAUUGGGCAUCUGCUAGACUUGAUGAGUUCGACUACUCUCUCGUUGUUCGCGGCGGUAAAGAUGGAUUUGCAUGCUAUGUUCGUGGAAACAAUCAAAUCUGGCUUCCUGCAAACCUUACAUCCGGAUACGUUGAUGUUUAUGAUCCUGUUCUCGAAAUCACCAUUAUCUUCGAUGCUUCUAGUCAUCUCCCUCACAUCAUUCGCACCGAAGAGAAUCACAUGAUAUAUGGACCUUCGACAAACGACCUUUAUCUUUCACAAUACAAAGCCAUCGAGGGCAUCAAAUUCCCCCACACGUUCCAGACCGUUUAUAACUCCACUACGCAGAAGCUAGAUGCAACACUCGAGGAGUUCAUCGUCGAGGAAAUCACCAUCAAUCCCAAGUUUCCCAAGAACUACUUCAAUGGCCUAUCGGAAGGAAAAGGAUUCUUCCCCAAAGAAGCGCCCAAGAGGACUGAGGGUCUAAGUCAUGCGCACAUUCUCGAAUUCAGCAGCAACAUGCUUUGGUCUGGCCCUGGGUCCGGCAUUAGCAACAACUCUGUCGACAGUAUCAAGCACAAAAACAUUGUUCCCGGUCUACCCAACGCUCACUGGCUUAUUUUCAACGACGAAUUUCUGGGAGUUAAGCAGUUCGUGAUCGAGUUCGAGGACCAUGUUAUCGUUGGCGAUGCACCUCCCCAAUGGACCAAGCAGGUGAUCGAAUGGAUCGACAAGAACAUUGGCAAGCCUAUCAAAUACCUCUGGCCUACUCACCAUCACCGUGAUCACAGCGGAGGAGCUGCUGAGUACGUUAAAAUUGGGGCCAAGUUGAUCGUCCCUGAAAUCGCAGCGAGCUACUGGUCGAGCAUUCCCGGUGCAGAGCUCAUCACCUUCAACGAAACGCACCCCUACAUCCAUAGCGAUAUCAAUCACCAAGCCUGGUUCAUCUGGGAAGAGCAAGCAACCCACUCCAUUGACUGGUCAUAUGCCUUUAUCACUGACAAGUGCCCUACCAACAAAUCGGGCAUUGCUGUCAUUGAGGCUGACGCAUGGCACCCUGGUAUGCCUGAUGCCAAUAAUGACAGGUGGGAAAUGCGAGAGUGGCUCGGUCAGCUUGAUAAAGAUGGUCUGCCAGAGAGCGCCUACGUUCUCCCAACCCAUGGUCAGAUUAGACAAGUCUCGGAACUAAUUGAGCAUACCGACUACGUAUAUGCCCCAAAGAGUAUUGGUGACUGGAAGAACGGAGGAGCUCUGUGCAAGGCAUGA